AUGUCCUCUUCAGGAAAUCCGGAUAAGACGAAUGAAUACAUUCCCAAAUUUAUUUCUAAAGUACCAUGGUAUCAUCAAACUGAAACAGGAGAUACUGAUUCAAAUGAAAGUAAUACUGCUGAGGUAGAUCAUUUAGCACAUCAAAGAGCAGAUCCCACCGCUGAACAACAGGAUCACAGUCUUCCUGUAGCAGGACAGGGUGUGAAAGAUGAAUUUGUUUCCAUUGAAGGUGGAAAUGUCCAUAUACGUAAAGAUACUCAAGAUUGGGAUGCGAAAAGAGAUCGAUGGCACGGGUUCGAAUCGAGCGAAUGGGAUAAAGUUGCGCAAAAUUGGGAUAACAUUAAAAGGAACAGUAGAACGAAACAACAAAACAAAAAAUCAUCGACCAUAAAUUUAACUAAAGAUAAUGAUUCGGAUGAUACUGAUUAUGAAUUAGAAUUACAAGAAUUAGGACUUACUUCCAAAGAUAUUACUAGUAACAGUAAAGAAGAUCCAAUGGAAAAAAUCCUUCGUGAUAGACAAGAUGUUCCUAGUUAUAUUCUUAGUAUUUCCGCGAAUGCAAAUGGUAAAAUUAAAUACGAUCCUAAAUCAAGAGCCACAAUGGUUGAUGGUACUAUAAAUGAAGAUAGUCAGUUUGUAAGAAGUUUGAAUGGAGAGGGGCUCGAAGUUAAAAAGCUUCAAAGUUUUGCUUGGGAGGCAAGUGAAGCAGCCGCACAAAUAGAACAACAAAAGAUUUUGGAGCGGAGAUUACAAGGGGAAUUGAUAGAUGUUGACAUUCCUGCAGUUGAUUUAAAUUUAAAUUUACAGGCAAAUCCAACUGCAAUGAUGUUACGUGCUCGUAAAGUUAAUGAAGAAAAGGAAAAGGAGAAAUUAGAAAAGAGACAAAAAUUGGCCGCUAGGUAUGGUUAA